AUGAAGAAAACUAUGAAGCAGGGUGCUCUCAAUGGCAAGGGGAAGGGGACAGAGCUAUUCAGGCCAUGGUGCAAAGGUAUAAGACGUGGUCGAUCGGUAGCCGGUGCUCGUCGGGGUCCGGGACGACCACGGAAACAACCCAUUGAGGCUGAGGAACCAGAACCAGUGACUCAGGAGGCGGAUUCUUCUAGGGAUCCAACUGAUGUAGAGAAGGGGAUUCCCUCCGGGAUACCAUCAGCAUUUCCUACUCCUGCUACUACUGACUGGAUGAGGGAUAGAGCGCGUAUACCACUGUUGGGAAAGUCCGUCAAGGACAGGGUUACUCUAUACCAGGGUGGAGCAGACCCCUGGGAUGCUCGUAGCUGGUUGAAGAAUUUGGAAAGCACUUUCGGAUACAUGAGUUGUUCAGACGAAGAGAAAGUGGAAUUAGCUACGUAUCAUCUCCGGGAUCAGGCAGUUACAUGGUGGGAGAUGCAGAAGACAAUCUUUGGGGAACAGCGCAUCACAUGGGUGAUGUUCCGGGAUGCUUUUGAGCGGCAGUAUUUUCCAGCCACAUUCUGUUUAGCUCGACGCCAGGAAUUCCUGAAUAUCAAGCAGGGUGAUCGAUCGGUGAUGGAGUACAACGCUGAAUUCUGUAGAUUGGCUGAGUUUUGCCCUCAUUUGGUGGCACAGGAUUAUGACCGGAUGCAGCAGUUCACCCAGGGUUUAGCAGCAUAUAUUCGUCUUAGGAUGUCAAGAUUUCCAUGUAGCUCCUACCGAGAAGUUUUGGAUCGUGCACUGUUUAUCGAGAUGACUCAGCAGCAGGUAAAUCAGGAGAAAGGCCAUGAUAAGCAGUCGUCACAAAAGAGAGGGCACCAUGGUCAGAGUUCACAGGCUACCACGGGAGGAUCUUCUCGGCCGCAGAAGUCAGGACGGACAUCUGAUGGAACAUCUCGUCCUUCUCAGCAUGGUUGGAAGAAAGAUAAAACGGGAUCCAGAUGUUACCAGUGUGGCUCCAAGAGCCAUACCAAAUUUCAUUGCCCCUUGGAUCAUCCCAUUUGUUAUUAUUUCAAACAACCAGGGCAUGAGAGUCGGGAUUGUACGUUGAAGGCACAGUUGGAGGCUACUAAGGGUACAUCACAGGGGGGACAGCCCUCACAGACACGACCACAGAAAGGAUCACAGAAGAGUCAGGGUGCCCCACGUCAGCAGCAACUACCGUCUUCUCAGGGACAGAUAUAUCAUAUUCAGGGUCAGGAACCAGCAACUACACAGUAUUCUGCUGUGACGUCUUCUCAUCAGGCCCUUCCAGUACAGCCAGAUUUUCAUCCACCUCAGCUUUAUCCAGCAUAUCAGCCUCAGUCUCAGUAUCAGCAGUCGGUUCCCACACCUAAGAUGCCAGCGCAGACCACUUCAGGGAUACCACAGCCGAGCUUAGAGGUGGGUCGUGUUUAUGCUAUUACACGGGAGGAGGCACAGCGAGCUGAGGGAUCGGUUUUCCGAGGUACUAUUUUAGUGUAUACUGUUACUGCAGAUUUAUUGAUAGACACUGGUAGUUCCCAUUCAUUCAUAUCUCGAGUAUUUCUUGGUAAAAUCGGGAGAUUGCCUAGUCGUCGGACACACAGGCUGACAGUAUCUCUACCAUCUGGCGAGGUACUAAGUAUUAGUCUGGAAGUCAAAGGAUGUCCUUUAGACUUCAAGGGUCAGACUAUUAUGGUGGAUCUGCAGGUAUUAGAGAUGGUGGAAUUUGACAUUAUAUUGGGCAUGGAUUGGCUGGCCAUGAACCAUGCCACAGUUGACUGCAGAGCGAGAGUAGUCACAUUCCGACCUCCCAGUCUACCAUCGUGGACAUUCAUCGGAACCAGGGGUGAUGGGAUAUCAGUUAUAUCAGCAAUGCAAGCGAGGAGAUUAUUGUCGCAGGGUUGUCAGGGAUAUUUGUUGUCCAUGGUUAAAGCUGAUACGGAUGCAUUACCACGACUCUCGGACGUUCCUAUUGUUCGAGAAUUUUCAGAUGUAUUCCCUGACGAACUCCCCGGGUUGCCUCUAAAAAGGCAAGUCGAGUUUAUGAUUGAGUUGGUUCCGGGAACCGUACCGGUAUCCAAGACCCCCUAUCGCAUGGCACCAAAGGAGUUGGAGGAGCUGAAGGUUCAGUUGCAGGAGCUGUUGGACAGAGGAUUUAUCCGUCCUAGUGUUUCUCUGUGGGGAGCACCAGUACUCUUCGUUAAGAAGAAUGAUGGAUCACUGAGAUUAUGUAUUGAUUACCGACAGUUAAAUGCGGUCACUAUCAAGAACAAAUAUUCACUGCCACGUAUAGAGGAUUUAUUUGAUCAGCUGAAGGAUACUUGUGUAUAUUCAAAGAUUGAUUUACGCUCAGGCUAUCAUCAGCUCAGGGUUGGAGAUGCGGACAUUCCGAAGAUAGCAUUUCGCACUCAUUAUGGUCAUUACGAGUUCUUGGUAAUGCCAUUUGGGCUUACCAAUGCCCCAGCAGUGUUUAUGGAUCUGAUGAACAGAGUGUUCCUUGAGUACUUAGAUCAGUUCGUCAUUGUGUUCAUUGACGAUAUUCUGAUAUAUUCUCAAUCUGAGGAGGAACACAUGCGACAUCUUCGCAUAGUUUUGGAGACGCUUCGGCGAGAACACCUCUAUGCGAAGUUUAGUAAAUGCGCCUUUUGGCUACCUUCGGUGGGUUUUCUUGGACAUGUUGUCUCCAGCAAAGGUAUAUCUGUAGAUCCACAGAAGAUUGAGGCCAUCACUAGUUGGGAGAAGCCGAAGACAGUACAGGAGAUUCGUAGCUUCUUGGGAUUAGCUGGGUAUUAUCAGAGAUUUGUUGAGGGCUUUUUCCAGCAUAGCCUUGCCAUUGACACGAUUGACCCGGAAGGGAGAGAAGUUUAG